CUUUGCCACAUUCUUGCUUGCCUCCCGCGGUUAUUCUUGUUUUGCAUAUUACUCUGGCUGGGUGGGAACUGGGUUUCUACCCUAAAAUUCAGUACAAGCGCAACCUGAUUCAGAACCAAAGACUCCGGUCCACUGUUUGCUCGUCCUCAAACUGUCCCCGAGCCAAAACAUCCUCGAGUCAACCCUCGACCUUCCUUAACCCCACUAUCCCUUCCUUGAGUCAUCGAACCGACCUUGGACUUCACAUUACUCCUCUGGCUAUCACAGGGUUUUGGUGGAGGAAGGCUAGCCCAAGCGUCGGCUCUGCCGCAGGCAGCGGUCUCGAGCUUGCAAGAGGUCCAACCACAUGUGAAAGCCACAGCAGGCGUAGAUAGAAAAGAUACACACGCCAGUUCUCUUUCGUUGUCCCACCCAACAGACAUGACCGUCUGCCUCGACGUUUGAAAAAGGAAAAUCCUGUCAUAUCCCGAUGAGAUCAGUGUCCCUCACAAGAGCCUUGCGUGCCACUGGGACUUGACUGUGUCCCAACCCAAACCCGAUCAGCCCCACGACUUUUAUUCUGGGUUCAUGACUCGGCUUCUGACCAUUUUUUGAAAACCCCUCCUUGGUUUCUUCUUUUCUCUGUCAGCAAGCAUCUGUGAACAGAUCAAGCUCUCCUUUUUCUCUCUUUCUCUCAUCAUGACCAGCCUUCCAUCAGAUGAGGUCGCUGAGGACUACAAGGGCUCGUUGGAGGAUCUUGUGACCAACGACCGAUAUCAGAUUUCUAACUUGACCCUGAUCGCCAAAGAAAAUGUCGAACAUGCCGAGGCCAUUUCACGUGUGUUGAUCAAUCACAUCAACCGGGCACCCCCGACUCGCAAGCUUCCAGCUUUGUACGUCCUCGACUCGAUAGCCAAGAAUGUUGGGUCGCCAUACACGGUGUACUUUGGGCGAAAUCUUCACCAGACCUAUAUGCAUGCAUACUCCCAGGUGGAUGUCAAUGUCCGGCGCAAAUUUGAGGAAAUGUUGAAGACGUGGCGAGAGCCGGUACCAGGGUCACUGUCCUCUACGCCCGUGUUUCCUAUCUCUAGUACUCAAAGCAUUGUUGAUAGUCUGAGUAGAUUUCGGGCUACUACUGCGGGAGCAAGUCGCUAUCAAGGUACUCCCGUCCAAGGGGGACCAGUUCGGGCGGCCGCAAGUCAGCAGCCCUAUAGACAAACCCCGACCCCCCCUCAGUCACUGGCACAAUACCCGCCUGGCCUCGCGACACAUCUUCGCAGCCCCAUCCCUUCCUCCGCGUCUCCGUAUCCUCAGACGACGCCCAGUUCUUACCCUGCCGCAUUUCCGGCACAGACAUCUUCCUACUACCAGCAACCCCACCAGCAUCAGCCACCAUCAACAGAACACUUUCCAGUAGCUGUUGGACCGGGUCAUGCCUCAACUUCGCCUCGGGUCGAUGUGGUCAAAUUGCACUCGGAAAUCGACGACCUGAUCACCGAUGCCAAGAUUGAAUGUGCGACGCAUCCCAUGAACCAUGGCGCUCAAAGGCAGCUGGCGAGCCUUCAGACCCUCAAGGAGAUUCUCGACAGCGGCAACGCAUCCGACAGCGAUCUGCAAGACAUUCGGACCACAAUCACCCAGAAAAUGGCCGAAAAAUCGGCGGCAGCCCGACAAUCAAUCACGCCGGCGUCCACUAUGCCUCCAGGAUAUGGCAUAACACCACCGCAGACACAGCAGACCACAACACCAGCUGCUCCAACAUCCCUCAAUUCCAUCUUCAACACGACCAAUCUAGCUGAGCUUUUGCGAGUCACACAACAAUCACAGUCGCAGCAGCCAAUACCUCCUCUGCCGGGUCUAGGUUCCCAGCUUCAGUCUGGCGUCAACACUCCAGUGACGAACGCCUAUGGAAACACCGCGCCCCCCGCUGCGCCUCUGGAGAGUUCUUUCUUCGCGCAACUACGGGCAUCGGGGUUGUUGUCCUCGGUCGCAACGCCUGUUCCUGGGACGACUUCGCAGGGAGCAACAAGCGAAGUGACCUUCACGUCGGCCUGGGUUCGAAUGUCUCGACCACAUCUCGUACAUUCAUUCCUCCAUGCGAGACCAAAUCAAUGCAGCACCUGUGGGCGACGUUUCUCGUCUGAUGAUAUCGGGAGAGAUAAGAAAGCGGCACAUUUGGACUGGCACUUCAAGACUAAGGAACGCAUGCUCGAAGCCGAGAAACGGGGACAGAAUCGAAGUUGGUACGUGGACGAGAGAGACUGGAUCUCGAGCAAGGAGUAUGAGGAUGAUGGAGGAGAGGCAAACGGGGCGCCGAGCAAUGGAGCACCUGUGGUCAAGAAGGUGGACUUUGUCCGUGCUCCGACGGAUCCAGUUCUACGGUCAUUGCCCUGCCCUAUCGACCAGGAACCUUUCAAGAGCGAAUGGAGCGAGGAAGUGCAGGACUUCAUCUGGAAGGAUGCCAUUUUCGUGGGGGGGCGAUAUUACCACGCGAGCUGUUACGCCGAAGUGUCCAAAGGUCGUGAGAGAGAGAGAGACAGAGACGGGUUGUCCACGCCUGUGCCGCCUGGAACCGGAAGAACUGCCACGCCGGACUCGGUGUUGGGCAAGCGGAAAGCUGCUGAAGACAUGACAUCGUCAAAAUCCAAGAUCAAGUUUGAGGCCGGCGUGUGAUCAGGGUGGUUCGUUGAAAGGAGAUAGAACGUCGGACACACGUUAUGGUGGCGCCAAAGAAGUAUCUAUCAACGCAUCCUCACCAAUGUGACAUAUAGUGAAACCACAACAACGCCACUACCUGCAAUCCGGAUGAGGCAUGCUUACGCCUGGGAUAGAAUAUGGUGGGAGGGUUUGCGGUGAUCUAUUUAUCAUGACAUACUUUGGAGGGAGAGCAUGUGGAUCAUCACGUGAUAUAGGAAUUCCCUGGGUCACGCAGAUCCGACCUGGUCCAAUGAGUCUCUGAUCAGACAGGACACAAAGAUCCUGUAGGUUAUGACAAGAGCUACACAAUAUUAUUAUUCUAGAC